AUGGGCGAAAGAGUUGAUAACGGAUUUCGUGAAACCUUUCAUGGAACAAGGAACCGUAAUUCCGUUCGGUCCCACGGGCAAAAUGGUGACCCUUCCUCACAGUCGCUCGAUAUUAAUAAUAACGGUAUGGGAUGCGAUCUGCCUAUUAUGGUCGUAUCACGUAAUGAAUCAACUUCAGCUUCUCAGGAAGAAAGAUUUGAAAAAUUUCCAAGCCCAAAAGGUAUUUCUUCUCGAGAAACUGGCUCUCCUUGCCGACAAGAUAACAAUGAUGGAAACGGAUGUGGAAGGUCUCCCGACCACAAUAAAUAUAACGAUUUCAACAAAAAAAUUACAAAAGAAGAAAUGUCAGAAACGACGAAGUCGGAGAAUGAAGAUAAUAAAAUGUAUGUUCGGGGUAUCUAUUCGUACUGGGAAGAAAGACAGGGAACUAGUAAAGCAGGAACAAAAAGAAAUGAGCAAGAUUAUAUUCCAAAACAACAAAUUGGCGGCGGAAUCGAGGACGAAUACAAUCAAAGCAUUGAAGGGGUGUCGUUUGGAUGCUGUCCUAACAAAGAAAGAAUCCGAAUUAUGCAGGCAUCCCUGGGGGAAUUGUGCCGAAACGGUGCCUUGGAUAGCACUCCAUGGACAGAAAUUCCGAAGAAACCGUGUAAACUUAUAUUCCCAGACAAUAAUGAUAGAGAAUCAGAAGAUCAAGCCUCCAUGUCUCAAGUGCAAGUGGGUAGCGAGGAUGAUGAAAUGCUGGGGCUUCGCAACGAUCCGAGUAAUUCAUUAAUGUUGGUUGAAAUGAUCGCAUGUGAAUCUGAUAUUUGUCGUAUUGCAUCUUAUAUUGGUCUUGAAAUCAAAGCUAAAGCACCUUUAGAAGAUCUUAUCAUUUAUAUGGAACGUGUUAAACGGUAUGGUUUCAAUCAUAUCAUUAUCAUUGGGGAACUUUAUUGUGGAAUGCUUUUUCUAGACUGUUACGGUCGUUUAUUUGAAUGGAACCAUAUGGAAUAUUUGUUAUUGCCACUUGGGGAUUACUUGAAAAAGGAUUUUCAGCUCGAUCCAGCUGUGGCAUGGGGAACAGCAGAUGGAUUUGUAUUUGAGAUUAGGAUCAGACAGGCAGAAACAAAUCCUUUUACUCUUACAUGCCCUUCGUGUGAGAUAAUCAUUACAUUGACUAGAGAAGAAGCAGUACUCGCCUCUGGAAAAUAUCAUCUUCAGAAAAAACAAACUGACACUGAACAGGAUGAUGAGGAGCUCAUGGCUUCGCUAGGAUUGGUAGAAGGUGACUCUCGUGCUGGUCAGGGGAGUCAGUCGAAGCAUGUCACUAUGAAGGAUCAGGAAACAAGCCCAAUCGUGAUUGAGGAUGAUGCUUCUGAAAAUAAUGAUGAUGAAAGGACACCAGAUGCAUCAAACCGCUCCGCCAAUGUACAAGAUAAUUUGGAGAAUACACCUAAUGAAAAUAGUGGAAAUGAUUCUCAGGAUUCAGCUACGAAUGAUGGGAAUAACACUACUCAAACUCGGCCAUUGAGACGUUCGCCAAGGCGUUCAUCAAGACAAUCAGUUACCUUUGGAAACAACACCCGUGAGCACAAUAUCUUGCAGGGCUUAUUGCAAGAAUUAUCUACGCCUGUCAGGGGAGAAUCUAUCGAGAAUAAUGAAGUUGCUGAAGAUGAUUCGGAAGCUUCAAUGCCAAAGGCUUUAGCCCGUCUGUUUCAAAAAGCUU